CCUCGAUCCGGUUCCUACCCAACAGACUUUCAGGCUUUAUAGUUGAGAUUUAAUGAGGAUUUCCAGUGUUUGUAAAGAUUCCUUGAUUGGUUCUCCUACUUUCCCAUCCCUUCCUCUUGUAAUCUCUUGCAUUUCAGGGAAUUUUGUUAUGUUCCCAAUGAAAAGUUCUUUCUUCUGUUUCUGAGAGCUCGUUGGGUUUCGGAUUUGUUUUCCUCGUUUUUCCCGGGUUGUUGGUGUCUUGGGGAUCUCUCUCUCUCUCUCUCUCUUCGACAUGUGAGUUUUUAUUCUUUGCCCACCUCAACAAAAGCAUCUGUUAGUUGCUUACUUUUGAUCUCCGUUCCUGAGGAUUAUUCUUGAGAGAAAGGUUUGUUUUUGAAAAGAGGCCAUGCGAAGAGAGCAGAGUAUGUGUUUUAUGGUUCUCUGCUUCACGUCAGCUUAUCAACUUACAUAGGGCUUUCGAUGUCUUUGUUUUUUAUCUCCGUUUCCUAUAAAUGGGUGAUGGGUACAAGUGUUCGUUGCUAGAUAGACGGUAGAUCCUUUACCAUUUUAGUAAGAUGGAAUCUGGUAAUGGCUUCUACUCAGUUGACGAGUUCCGUUUGGAUGCCAAGUGGCUGAUCGAUCCCAAACAUCUUUUUGUUGGACCCAGAAUUGGAGAGGGAGCUCAUGCCAAAGUAUACGAAGGAAAGUAUAAAAACCAGAAUGUUGCUAUUAAAAUUGUCCAUAGAGGGGAGACCCCUGAGGAGAUUGCUAAGAGAGAAGCACGGUUUGCAAGGGAGGUUGCAAUGUUGUCCAAAGUUCAGCAUAAAAACUUGGUUAAGUUUAUUGGGGCUUGUAAGGAGCCUGUUAUGGUGGUUGUAACUGAGCUUUUGUUGGGAGGUUCAUUGCGUAAGUACCUGCUGAACAUGCGACCUAGGUGCUUGGACACACAUGUGGCAGUUGGUUUUGCGCUUGAUAUUGCUCGGGCAAUGGAGUGCUUGCACUUGCAUGGAAUCAUUCACCGUGAUCUGAAACCUGAAAACUUGAUAUUAACUGCAGACCACAAAACUGUAAAGCUUGUGGACUUUGGUUUAGCAAGAGAGGAGUCUCUAACAGAGAUGAUGACUGCCGAAACAGGAACUUACCGUUGGAUGGCACCAGAGUUGUAUAGUACGGUCACACUGAGACAUGGGGAGAAGAAGCAUUAUAACCACAAGGUGGAUGCCUACAGCUUCGCAAUUGUCUUGUGGGAACUCUUACACAACCGGUUGCCUUUCGAAGGCAUGUCAAACCUGCAGGCUGCCUAUGCAGCCGCUUUUAAAAAUGCGAGGCCCAGUGCAGAAAACCUGCCUGAGGAUUUGGCGCUAAUUCUGACUUCGUGCUGGACAGAGGACCCGAAUGCCCGGCCAAACUUCAGUCAGAUAGUGCAGAUGCUACUCCGUUAUCUCUCAACAAUCUCACCACCAGAGCCUGUGAUCCCAUCCCGCAUUUUCAAUUCUGAAAAUGCUGUUCUUCCACCGGAGUCUCCAGGUACAAGCUCUUUGAUGGCAGUACAGGAUGACUUGGGAGAAACCCCAACAGCCAAGAUGGAAAACAAGUCGAGAGGUCUAUUUUUCUGCUUCAAUCAGUGCUACUGAUCCCCGAUGAAAAAGAUGGCGUCUCCUUUCUGUGAGGAUCGUAACCUGCAUCUUGAGGGGCUUAAUGAAUUAGAUUCUAAUCUCACUGAAUGUAUCUAGAAGAGUGUAGAUUAUGCAUCUCAGGAAGUUUCUGAGAUCUGUAGCCAAGAUAACAGUGCUUUGUAGCUGUUGGUAGUGGUGAAUUUGCAUAAUUGCAAGUGAUUCUAAUUACCUGACUACUAUGAACGUUCCUUCUGAUAUGAUGGGUAUGCAGCAAUCAAAAUCUAUUUUUGAUC